UUGUCAACGGCUUCAAUGCACCAGGGCAUGUAUCACGUGGAGGAGUGAGUAGGAACAGGUCCAGGUGACUGUUUUGAGUGAUUGGCUCUUGAGUAUACCAUUUCUGCUGAAAACACCUACUCCCACAAACUACCUACCUGGGAAUAUCCAAGUAUUGUCAAAAUGGCCCCACUCGCGCACGCAGUGACAGUGUCUGUGAACGAUUUGAAGAAAGGAACCGUGUCCUUCGAGACACUGCAAGAAGCGUUCGGGCCUGACUCGCUUGGAAUACUUGUUGUCAAGGACGUUCCUCCAGAAUUUGUUGACCUGAGGCUGCGGCUUCUGUCUUAUUCUUCAUAUCUCGGCAACUUGCCGAAGUCGAGUCUUGAUAAACUCGAAAAUGAGAAAGCAAAGUACUUGACUGGGUGGUCGCUCGGCAAGGAGACGCUCAAAAACGGCCAAGUGGACAACCUGAAAGGCUCCUUCUAUGCCAACUGCGCCUUCUAUGUUGACCCGUCGCUUUCCUGCGCCGUGCCAACCGAGGAGUUUAACGAGGCCAACUUUCCUGAGUAUCUCUCGCCCAACGUCUGGCCGGACGAGGCGACACUUCCAGGUUUCAGGGAGACCUUCGAGCAGCUAUGCCGGCUCAUCAUCGAUGUCGCCGUUCUGGUCGCCCGGGCCUGCGAUAGGUAUGCCGAGGAGGGAAUCACCGGGUAUCCAAGAGCGUAUCUGGAGCGUAUGGUGAGCACGUCGACCACCACGAAGGCCCGCCUACUGCACUACUUCCCCGAAGAGCCCAAGGACCCAGCCCCGGUGGGGGCCAGCGAGAUAGCAAACGGCGACGAAGAUGACUGGUGCGCGACACAUCUGGACCACGGCUGCCUCACAGGUCUGACAUCGGCCAUGUUUGUCGAUGAAAAGAGAUCGAUCCCCGUUGCACCCGCCUUUGAAGCGUCUGCCGAACCGGUGCUGGCCCCGUUAGAAGAGCUCCCAACAUCCCCCGACCCCGCCUCAGGCCUGUACAUCAAGUCUAGGACCGGUCAAACGGUCCAAGUGAAGAUUCCCAGGGAUUGCGUUGCGUUCCAGACGGGAGAGGCCCUGGAGAGGAUCACGGGAGGGAAGUUCAAGGCCGUCCCUCAUUUCGUGAGAGGCGCGCGCGCAAGUAUGAGCGACGGGAAGAUCGCGCGGAACACGCUGGCCGUGUUCACCCAGCCUAACCUGGGCGAGGAGGUCGAUAUCGAGCAGCAUAUCACCUUCGGGGAGUUUUCCAGGGGAAUUGUCGCAAAGAAUACUGUAGCUUAGGGCAUUGUGCGAUUGUCAUCUAUGAGGUGGGCGUAAUGAUUGCUGUCAGCUUGCUCGUCAGCCCAACGGACAGCUAAUGUGAUAACAUGCAGACGCUGUUCAGCCUCUAGAGUGAACAUGACGCCUUCACAAAAAAACUGAAGCUAAUUUUCCAGUAAUUGAUCUAUUUGAUCAUACACUAGCUCACAUAGCAAAAUCUCAUACACACAUAGCUUCCAGCUUCCAUGUUUGUUGA